AUGUUCUCUGCCAACCGCGCCACACAAUGUAAACUUAUAAAAGCGUUUACAUUGUCCAAGUCAAUUAACUUGAUACAGAAGAUGCAAAAACGAAGGGCUGGGAGGAGGAAGUUCCACGAGACGCGUCACCCAGUUUACAAAGGAGUGAGGCAGAGGAACGGGAAGUGGGUGUGUGAGCUACGACAGCCCAAUAACAAAAAGACACGUGUCUGGCUGGGAACCUUUGAGCACCCCGACAUGGCAGCUAUAGCGUACGAUGUUGCUGCCUUGGCUUUCAAGGGUGAUGCUGCUUCCUUAAAUUUCCCACACGCAGCUACCUCGUUGCCGCGUCUUAAUUCCGGAACUUCUUCCAUCAGAGCCAUUCAGUUUGCGGCAAUGAAAGCAGCUGAAAGGCACUUCUGUUCCCAGAUUCAAAGAGAUAAUAAUCAAAAUAAUAAUGAUGAUUUGGAGUUGUCCAUAGAGGUGGGUUUAGAGGAAGAUUCUAGAAGCUUCUUCUGGGAUGAAGAGGAAGUGUUUAACAUGCCAGGUUUGAUGAAUAGCUUGGCAGAAGCAUUGAUUAUCACACCGCCGGCGUUGCAGACAGGGUUCAAUUGGGUUGGUGCGGAAACUACCAUUGACUUGACACUAUGGGAAACGGAUCAUUUUGGUGAACCCUAA